AUGGGCAUGGCUGCUGGUUCUGCAAGUGGGCUGAGCGCUUCUGCCAUUUAGGAGACUGUACUGUUUUUAUUUGUAUGAAAUCAUCUCCCUGGAUGUCCUGAGUGCCAAGAAGGCUGUCCUCGAGGGAACAGGGGGAUCCGGACACUACACGUCCUCUAAGGUUCUCUUAUUUCCAGCUGACACUAUGAAACGACAGCAAAAGAGGAAGCAUGUUGGAAAUGAGGAUUCUGAGGAGACUGAUGACAAAGGAAGAAGGGUGUGCUAGGCAGCUGGAAUCCACAGAGUACAAGGAAAUGGGCCUAAUGAUAAUUCAUCCCCAGUCCAGCUUAAAGAAGGAGGAGAAACUCCUCCUGCCUCAAACCUUGUUUCCUUUUCUUCCUGUUCAUCUUGUAAGACCUGUGUAAACUCUGUGUUUACAAACAAAGAAGAAACGAGCAUGAAAAUAUACUAUAUAGAGGUAAAAAGGAAAAACCUUGUGGCUUUCUCCUGGGAGGCAGAGGAAACCUCAGCGUCCCCAGGAAAGCAGCCAAGAAUGGAAGAAGUGACCUUUCCUGAGGGUAUACCAGAAGAUACUCCUCCCUCUGAUGUGUCCACCAGAAGCCUCCUUUCUGGCAAUGAGCCCAGUGGGGAGGAGAACAAACACAAAACAAAGGUAGAGUCAGACAACCAGCCUGGGUCCUCUGCAGUUGAGGAGACACCAAGUACUGAUUUGCCCAGGGUCAAGACACCUGACUCUCUAGGGUCCAUGGAAAGUGGUUUCAAGUGUGUGGCCUGCUGUCGGAUCUUUGCCACCAUCAACGCCCUUCAGGAGCACGUGCAGAAUGGGAUCUGGGAGGGCUUCAGCUGCCAUGUCUUCCAUCGUACCAUGACUCGGUUGAGAAGAAAUGUGGUCAGCACCCAGAAAAAGGAGGAGGAGCAGAAAGCAGAGCAGGAACUGAAGCAAGACAAAAAGGAGCAUGAGGAAGAGCAGUCCACAGAGGAAGACCUUGUCCUGAAGAAACCCUGGAACCAAUGUCCAGGCUAUGUGUUUCAUUCUCCAGAGGAAGGAAGCAAGCAAGGGAUUGGUCUGCUGAGGGAACUGUGCUUUGUCUGAGCUAGAAUUGUCCCUCCAGUCCAGGCUUGGGAUGUAUGAGGCGUGUUGGAAGCCUUAUCAAUUCAGAAAAAUGAGGCAGGGGUGAACUGGCACCUUUCUAGCUCAGACAUCUUACAUGACUGUAAAUCAGGAUUUAUCCUGAGCUUUCCAACUCCCACAGGAAGUUGAGAGAAUUUUUAAGGGCCAACAGAGCUCUUUUCCUCAUUAACUAAGAAGUGUCUUUCUCAAUUUUGAUUUUCAUGCAGCAAAUGAGAUUCAAGGGCCAGAAGAUCCUGGAAGAUCUUUUGGGACAGGUGAGGCCUGAGGCUUGCACAGUUUCUGAGUCUAUGGCACAAGGGCCUAUGGCUGUGAAGAGAAGGGGCCAUGGGACACACUAGGUUACCUGGUGGCUCUGUGGCUACAUCAACUUGUAGAACACUUAGUCCCAGGGGAAUGGACUUCCAUUUACAUAUGAGAAGUUAGAAAGGAACGCUCUUGGUAUCUUUAUUACUUUCCUCAGCUUUAAGAGGAAAUGCUGUAGCCCCUCUAGGAAAACAGAGUUCAGCUUAACCUCACGGGCCUGGACUGGCCUGAAGAAGGGACCGGAGCUCAGCAGGAUCAGAAGUUUGGGGGUCUGUGAGUCUUCAGUCUGAGCUGGGAUCUCACUCUGGCCUGUGGACAAAGCCUUCUAGGGGAAAAGCAGGAAGUGAGGUCCCAUGAAACCUGGAAAUGUUCUAGAACCUUCAUGUUACUUCAUUUGAUCUGGAAAGGAACUCCUUGUGGUAUGCAUCACUCUGAGCUUUAAGAUAAAAGUAAAGUAUAAUGACUAGCAGAACUCUUAUAGCUUAUUGUUUCUUCCUGCUUUGCCUCAUUUAUUUUCUCACACGCAGUGAGGACAGACCACGGAGGUAGUAACAGACAAAGCCAAUAGUACAAAAAAGGAUGAAGGGAACAGUCCUCAGUCUAACA